AUGCGCUCUUGCUCUUUCUGCAUCUCUCUCCCACUCUCUCUCUUUCUCUGUCUUUCUCUUUCAUUUUAUUUCUUUCUCUGUAUACCUCUCUCUCUCUCACUCUCUUUGUCUCUCUCUCGCUCUCUCCCUCUUUCUUUCUCUAUUUCUAUAUCUCUCUUCUUAUCUCUCUCUCUUUUUCUCUCUGUCUCUAUUUCUCUACCCCUUCUUCUCUUUCUCACUCUCUUUGUUUCUCCCCCUCUGUCUCUUUCUCUCCCUCUCUCUCCCUCCCACCCUCCCUCUCUCUCUUUCUUUCUCUCUCCAUCUCUCUCUUUCUCUCUUCCCCACUCUCUUUCUUUCUCUCUCUAUCUCUCUGUUUCUCUCUCUCUCUUCCUCACUCUCUUUCUCUCUCUUAAUCUCACUCACUCUGUCUCUCUCCCUCUCUUCUUUCGAUUUCUCCCUCUCUGUCUAUAUCCCCCCUCCGUCUUUCUCCCACUCUCUCUGGAAAGGGAACAUACACCGUUUUCUCACAGAAUGAACGUUUAA